AUGGUGAUGCAGAAGCUGAGACCAUGGGCGCUCCCUCUGACGGAGACGCUCGACUCCCGGUUCCUGGGACGGGUGAUGGGGACCCUAUUCCCGGUUGGGGGGGACAACCCCAUCACCCCGUACGUAACCCCAUCCUCCGAACAUCAGGGGGAGGUUCCGGGAGUCACCGAGGAGGAGGUGGCCGAGGCUACCAAGGGGGUCAAGAGUAGAAAAGCUCCAGGACCCGAUGGUAUCCCCGGCCGUGUCCUCACCCUAGCCUCAGGGUACAUGAGCGGCACGUUUGUGCACCUCUUCACGAGGGCAUUGAGGGAACGGAGAUUCCCCCCAGUCUGGGGGAGGGCCAACGUGGUCCUCCUCCGAAAAGAGGGCAAGCCGGAGGAUUCCCCCUCCGCGUACCUGCCCAUAUGCCUCCUGGAUGAGGCGGGCAAGCUCUUCGAGCGCAUAAUAGCAGCCCGCCCCAAGAGGCAUAUGUCCCGGGAGGGUCCUGAUUUAGGCGACGGCCAAUAUGGCUUCCGAGAGGGCAGAUCAACUGUGGAUGCAGUGUUGCAUCUAAAGUCCCUCUCGGGGGCCAUAGUGUCGGAGGGCAGGGUGGCAGUCGCGAUAUCUUUGGAUAUCGCGAAUGCGUUUAACACCCUGCCCUGGGAUAGGGUGGUGCAAGCGAUGAGGAGCUAUUUCCGCUUCCCACCCUACCUCACGGCCGUCGUGGAGGACUACUUCCGGGACGACACGCUCGUCCUGGCCGGGGGGAGAGACUGGGGGGAAGCCGUUCACACCGCGAACCUAGCGGUGGCUGCGGUUAUGCGCUCCAUCCGCAACCUGGGCCUGGUGGUGGCGGAAAGGAAGACCGAGGCGAUCUUCCUACACGCCAAGGGCAUGAAGCCACCCCAGGCCCAUGUCAGGAUAGGCCAAGUCAGGGUCCCCAUAGAGGCCCAGAUGAAGAUGAUUUCCAUCAACCUGGGCAGGUUAAUGCCCAAUGUCGGGGGACCAGACAUGAAGGCACGUCGCCUCCACGCAGGAGUCCUCAACUCGGUGGCCAUGUACGGAGCACCGGUGUGGGCCGAGUCGCUGGCCGCCAGUCGCCCGAUGCAAGCGCGAUUGCGCAGAGUGCAAAGGGGGCUAGCGGUCCGGGUAGCGAGGUGCUACCGUACCGUCUCCUGUGUGGCGGCGACAGUCCUGGCGAGCAUGCCCCCUAUGGAGCUCGUGGCCCUGUCGUACAAACGCAUGUACGACAGGAAGCGCGAGCUCCUAAGAGCAGGGGGGCGGACGUACCGCUCGCCAGGGCAAUCCGGGAGAUGA